GAAAGAGGGAGAAUUUGGUGGGGGGAUGGAUAGAUGGACGGACGGAGAGACAAACAGAAGGACUGAGAAAGAGGAUAGGGGAAAUAAAGGAGGAGGGACAGACAGAACCGCUUGAGGAGGUACGGGAGAAGAGACAGACAUACAACGAAAUACAAACAAAAUCAAAAAUACAAUUCCCAGAAUACCCACAUUACCAUCCCCAGAAAGGCAAUUUGGGUAUUCCAAGGAAGUGUCAUUCACAACCCUGCUAUCCCUCUCUCUCUCCCCACGCCCUCGUUAGCAGCCGAGGGAGGACGUCUAUCCACUCUAUCCACUCCGCCAUGGACCGCCGAGACAGGCAGACGCCCUCGCCUCAGAUGUACCGUUCUGGAGGGGAGAACCACAGGCCCCGGACCCCUUCGCCGUCGCCUACGAACACGCUCACGCCUUCGUACGGAUCCAGAGGGCAGUCAAGGGAUGUAAGCGUAGGACAACCCUCGUCGGAGUCCUACGAGGAAGCCAUCGAACUGAGAUCCCGCAACGCUUCCGAAACCUCGACUUACUGCAAGAACACCCACGCUUCAGGAGACAGGACCCACGAGGGCUCCGGCGGCGGGAUGGCCGUGGAGAUCCUCAUCAACAUCCACGACGAGAGCUGCGGCUACAGGCGAGGAUCGAGCGCCGAUAACGACAAGGACGCGCAGCCGCUGCCCGUGAACAACGGCCCCAUCCUGUCGCAGGGGGGCCAGCCCAACGGGAGGACGAAGGAGAAGCACCUUACGUUCUCCGAGUCCACCGAGCAGCUCCUGAGCGCCAAGACCUCCCCGAUCAAAGAAAACGGGUUGGUGGAGACAGGAAAGGCAGCGAAGGGGGACGGUGGGAAAUCGGUCGUGUGCGUGAACGUAAACAAAAGCAGUUUAAAGGCGACUACUCCUCUGCAGGUGGACUCGGUUGUGGCGAAAAAAUUAGUUAAGGGCAAGGACCAAGAGACAAUGCUUUGAAAUGGAAAGAACACCAAAGCAGAUACGACUCGCUUUCAUUUACAUAAAGGACAACGAUCACCUCAUGGGCGGAGGUCCUUAGUGCAAUAUUUUUUAUAAGGCUGAGUGAGAAUGAAACCGAUGAUAUUAAGAAUCAUAAGGAACAUUACAAAAAACCGAUAAUCUUACAUAGAAUUUCAGUAUGUACCUACUGAUUACGUAAUUAUUUUUAUCUAAUUUCGAGUGUUCUUAUAUAAUUUGGCUCCCUUUGCAUCUCUUCCUAGGUGAAGGGGUCCAUUUUAUAUUGUUGUGAUAUCUUAAAACCAAAGGCUAGUUUUUGAAAUACAUAGCUUCCUCAUAUGAGGAAUAUUGCAUAACAAAGCAAUUCAUGUAAACCGACUCAAAAAGUGAAAUUUAAGUAACAAAUAAGUGAACAUAAUUUUGGGCAGAACCAGCACUAAGGAUGAUCAGUAUAAGAAUUUCAUUAUUCACCCAGGAAUUACCUAAUUGUUCAAUUCAAUUUCGUAGGUUGUAUUAUCAAUAUCAUUGUGUUCAUUAGUUCACUUGUAGUCAGUGGAAGAGUCCGUUUCAAGCUGUCAUGACUAUUCAGAACCGCAGACAGUCCAAGUUCUUUAAAUAAUCAUAUUUUCUUAACACAAGGUGUUUUAUAUUACAGAAAAUGGGCAUUGCUAAUGUCUUUCGUUUGUAUGAGCAAAGU